CGAAAAUUACAACAACAAAGUCAGGGAAAGGCAGAUUAAAUUAAAAGCUGCUGCCCUACGGCUAAACAUGGCUCCCAGCAUAUUUUUUGUGCUAUUCUGGCGGAUUGGAGUGCACCUGUUGUAUCCCUAUAGGUAUACGAAUCGCUCGAUUCAGGAUGCCCUGGGCGAUGAUUAUCUGGUGUGGGUCUCCAGCGAUCGCUCGCAGAACGAGCAAAUGGUCUACAUGCUACUCCGCCAGUCGAUCGAAAACUUUCUGAUAUUCAUUUUGAUCAUGGAGAUUAUGCACUCUAUCCAGGUGGGACGCAAUAUGCCGUUAGUGGUGUAAUGCGGUGAGUCUAAUUUCAAAAAA